AUGGAAAAUAAUACGAAGGAAUCGCAACUGAAAUCAUUACAAAAGCUACGAAACAAUGCCGAAGAAGAACGAAAGAAGAAAAUUAGAACUAUUGUCACACAUAGGGAACUUUUAUUGAAAGAGCUAUUUACAAUGACAGGUGAAGGGGAUUCUGAUGAAACGGACCAUGUUAUUUCCUUCCUGAAAGGCGGUGAUGUGACCCAAAUAGAUCAAGAUAAAUGGGGUGUCUACUUGGAUAGAAACAAAAUCAGCAAUGUCAAACUAAAGCAAGAAUCACCAUCGCCACAGCCAACAGCAGAUGAUUCUCCAAAUAGCAACACAAAAUCAUUGAAUCGAAGAAUCCCUCCUCCUCCUGUGAGAAUGGUUACUAGAGGCGUCAGUGGCGCUGUCCGUCCCAAGAGUGUAGAUGAAAUACUGUCUAGCCUCGAUCAGAAGGAUUUAUUAGCUUCACCAGGAACAAAAACGGCAUUUACUCAUCCACAGCAACCACGCCCAGCAGUACGAAAGACUGUGAGCCUCACCAACACACCAUAUAUUGAUACAAAAGCUCCUAAUACGAGUACCCUUGUCUAUAAUGGAAUUAAAUUAUCAUCAAACUCACCAAAAAACGAAUACGAAGGCAUCGAUUUAUAUGCUUGGAAGUUACAUGCUACUCAUUUCCCACUCUACAAACAGCUACAAACAGCCCGCAAGACAUUGACAACGCAUGACUGGAUGCUUGCAAGGGAUGAAUUGAAAUCUGUCAAAACAAUCCAGAAAAUAGAGGCUCUGAAAAGAACGAAUUCGUGGAGCUUACGGCAAUUGAAGAGACACAAGGCUCCAUCAAGACCUAAAACACAUUGGGAUUUAAUGAUUGAUGAAAUGAAAUGGAUGCACACAGACUUCAAGGAAGAGAGAAAGUGGAAAAUGGCAAUGGCAUAUAUAACAGCAAGAGCUGUACUAGAUUGGCACCAAGCGGAUGAUAAAGCAACUGUGUGUAUAAAGACUCGAAUCCCAGAACCUAAAAGUCUACCUACAACUCCAAUAGUAGAUGAUCUGCCUACGACCCCCAUAUCAAAGAAUUCGCCUUCAUCCAUCAUUGAAGACGAAGAUGUGUGCACUUUACCUAUUGUGGAACAAAAUCUCUCUACAGCACCCACCUUAAAUGACGAGACAUCCAUUUCAGUAAACCCUGAGACAAUGAUACCCUUUCCUGUCAGUGAUAAUUCGACCGAAAAGAUGGAGAUGCUUGAUCAAAAUGCAACACCCAUCACCAGCGAUACUAUUGCUGACGAACCUGAAUUAAUGGAGGAUACAACUACAGCAACUGCAUCAGAAGAACCGCUAAAAUCGGAUGCAAUGAUGGGAGCCAGCAAUGAUACGCUUGAACUUUUGCCUGAAUCAACUGUUGAUGAAAAGAUGGAACCUAUUGGCGAAGAAACAGCAGCUAUGCCUACCACACCUCCCGUUGUUCCUGCUACGCUUUCUCCCAACGUCAUUCAAGAAUACAGAGAUCGCUUCAUCAACUUUGAUCCCAAUAUGCCCAUCAUGACACUGUCAAUUGAAGACAUGGAAGAGUUUGAUGCGAGUGCCUUGUUUCCUGAGCUGCUGACAUUUGGACCACCAGACCCACAUUUCGAGGACACUUACUUUAAUGAAUUAGAGUAUAGUAAAAUCACACCAAUCAGUAAACUUAUCGCAAAGCAGAUUUCCCUCAAAGCACCACAACGUUACAGUCGCAAAAGAGAUAUUGACGGCAACCCUAUUAUCAUUUACGACGAGAGUAAGGAUGAUAUCAAGCAAUUGCCUCGACAUGAAAGAUAUGAUUCUACGCCUCUUGUUUCUCCUUUGUUUGCACACAAAAGAAAUCGUGAUUUGCCUGCUCAACAACCAUCGACACCUCAGCCACCUUCCAACUUUCAACAUGCAUCGACUCAUUGGUCUGAAGAUGAUGAUGUAUGCUUGAUUUCAUUCAUCAUAGAGUACUCUUUCAAUUGGGAUUUGAUCUGUGAUGCAUUGAAUUCUGUUCGUAUGCCACUGACUGGUGAAAAGCGUACACCUUGGGAAUGCCAUGAUCGAUGGAAACGUAACAAUCUCACUUCAUUGUCUGGACAAGUGAGCAGCGCUUACACAUCCAAAUUGAAGCGAGAACUGCAACGACGCCCAACCACUAUUCGUUUCGACUCUCCUCAUAAACGCCAGCGACAGCACAAUAUUUUCGAGGCUAUCAAAAAGACACAAAAGAAGCGAGAAGAGGCCGAGAGGCAAUCUGCAACCACGACUGCUCCUCCACGUCCUACUAUUGAGGUACAUGGUACAAAUAGCGCCGGCCAACGUUUGCCUUCAGCAAUGGAAAUGAGUUUGCACAAAGCACAAAGAGAAAGGCAAAUGGCACAAGCUGUUCUAGAACAAAGACAGCUAUCAGCGGCCAUGAGUUUGGGUUCUCAAGCUCCCAAUGGCGCAUCUCGUCCUGCUACAGCAAGCACCACUGGCGUUGUUAAUGCCACUAACCCUGCUAAUCAAGCACAGGUCAGGCCUCCAAUGUCUGUCGCUUCCUCUGCUGCCGCUCAAGCUCGUGCUGCUGCCGCUGCUGCCGCUGCUGCUUCGUCUGUUUCUCCUGCAACCCAAAAUGCUGCCCCCGCUGCCACUGCUAGACCACAACUUCCCAUCGCACAGCAGGCUCCUAAUGUGGCUGCAGGUCUGCCACUCAAUAGAUACCCGGCUGCCCAGCUUCAGUUGCUUAGGCAACAACAAAUGGUGCUCAUGGCUGCUGCACAACAGCAAGUUCAACAGCAACAAAAUGCUGCUGGUGGUGGACAAACACGCCCCCCUACGCCUGCCACCAUCCAAAGAUUCGCUAAUGCUCUUCAACAACAACAGCAAGCUCAGUUGCAACAACAGUUGCAGUUGCAGCAGGCUCAGGCUCAAGUACAGGCUCAGGCUCAAGUACAGGCUCAGGCUCAAGCGCAACUACUAGCAGCUCAACAACAGCAACAGCAACAGCAACAGCAAACACAACAACAAAUCCACACACCAACACCAUCCGCAGAAACAGUUGCCCAGCAAGUGUCUCAAAUGGCAUCACCUGCUGUCCCACAAUCCAGCCCUCAAGCAGCACGGCCUGCCACACAAUCCCAAUCAUCAUCUCCUCAAUCGCAAGCUCAACAGCAAGCAGCUAUUGCAGCUCAAUUACAAGCAAAUCCUCUCAUGUUUGCUGCUCAAUUAGCCCAAAUUGGUUAUCCCAUUUCUCAGUUACCAGCCACUCAGCAACUCCAAUUGCAACGUUAUCUAGCACAACUGCAAAUGAGAAAUGCUGCUGUAGCUGCUGCUGCUGCUGCCAAUGGCACCACGACCGCAGCUUCGACAACUGCAACGAGUCCUGCGCAACAACAACAACAGCAACAGAGCCCACUCAAUAAUGUACAAAAUUUGCAGGCUGCCUUGCUGGCACAACAACAAUUACAAAGAUUGCAAGCACUACAGUUGCAGCAGCAACAACAAGCAGCAGCUCAACAGCAGCAGCAGCAGCAGUCGGCUCAAUCAUCGCCACAACAGCAGCAGCAACAACAACAGCCCCCUUCUUAA